ACCUUGUCACUGACUGGAAUCAGAGGAUGAAUGUGUACGGCUAGCUUUGGCAAUGUUGUCAUUUUCAGAAUGAUAUCACAGCGGGACAGAGGAGAACUCGCUCGUUUUUAUACUGUGACCGAUCCUAAAAAGCACCAGAAAGGCUACACUGUGUACAAAGUCACCGCCAGAAUAAUCUCGAGAAAGAACCCAGAAGAUGUCCAAGAGAUAACGGUGUGGAAGAGAUACAGUGAUUUCCGGAAGCUACACCACAAUCUGUGGCAGCUGCACAAGAAUGUAUGUAGCCAGUCUGAGCUGUUUCCUCCCUUUGCCAAGGCCAAAGUCUUUGGUCGAUUUGACAACUCUGUGAUUGAGGAGAGAAGACAGUGCUCUGAGGAUCUCCUGCAGUUCUCUGCAAAUAUCCCUGCUCUAUACAAUAGUCAGCACAUCCAAGAUUUCUUCAAGGGAGGUGACGUUCAUGACGGUUCAGAGCUCAUUGGACCAGCUGAGCCCUUCUCUGACUUCCUUGCUGACAGCUUAUCAGACUGCAGUUCUGAUGUUCAAAGAGACAUCGGUGGUGCAGAAGAUCUGACGAUCACAUCAGAGUAUGGAGGCCCGUCCAGUGACAGCGACCUAACCUCCCUGGCGGUGGAUACCGAUUCUCUGGCUGGGUUGGAUGAUGGCAUGGCCUCAGGUCGCACCUCCCCAAAUCAGCCACAGGGGGGAGCCACUAACAUUAGCACUAGCUGCAGCCCUCGAUUGCCCUCCGUGCAUGAACGUCGUACUCCAUCACCUGCCCCUGUCCCUGCCUCCUCAGCCCCAAACCCAGAGGUCAGCUGGCCAGGUCGAAGACCGCUCUUCUCUGGCAGUCUGAAGAAAACUAGUGGCAGCAACCAUAAAGACAUAAAAUCGGACUACCUUGACAAAGCCACUGAGCUCAUCUGUUUUGCUGUUCAAAAGGAAAAAGAGCAGGACUACCAGGCCGCUAUUUCAUACUACCGCAGUGGAGUCGACUUGCUGCUGCAAGGAGUGCAAGGUGAGCCGAGUGCCACAAGACGGGAGGCAGUGAAGAAGAAGACUGCUGAAUAUCUGAUGCGUGCAGAGCAGAUAUCCAGUCAGCAUCUGAGAAGCAACAUGGGUCAAGGAUCAACCCAGACAGUGGCCUUUGGGGCUCAGUGCUGCUCUUCUACUAGCAGAGGAGGGCAGCAGAGUCCAUCUGAUGAGCUGGUAGCCUACAGGGUCUUAGGAAUCGUAGAUAAGGUUCUCCUGGUCAUGGACAAGAGAACACAAGAGACGUUCGUCCUGAAAGGUCUAAGGAAAAGUAGUGACUGUGGGCGGGUUAAGAAGACUAUCAUGCCUCACUCUGUGCCCCACAUGGUUCAACUGAGAAAGUUCAUUGUCUCUGAAGACACCGUUUUCCUUCUGUUGCAGUAUGCUGAAGGUGGGAAGCUGUGGUCUCAUGUUGGAAAGUACCUUCAAAAUUCCAGCCCAGAAGAAAGCUUUGACAUUCCUUUUAUCCAGAAGAGCCGUACAACAGCUGUACACUCUCCACAACACACAAUACCAAAGCUGGAUGUAGGUUCAGCCAGUUGUGAUUCAGAAUCCAUUGCUGGUUCAGAUUCUGUAUUCGGCCUACAGAAGGAUUCAAAGCACCCCAUCAGGUCCCCUCUUAAAAGUGGUCUUCCUCCAGGGCUCAUUGAACACACUGGAGCUCAGUCAGACUCUGGAGCUACUUCUGAAGAAGAAUGCACCAACAGUUAUUUGACACUUUGCAAUGAGUACGAACAAGAGAAAGUGGAACCAGAUGCACUAGAGGUAGAGGAUGAGAAGAGUGAGCAGGAAGUGCUGUCAUUAGAGGUGCCUAAUGCAUCGACUACUAUGUCCUCACGUAGCCGCUCGGUUCUAAGCAAUGACAGCCUUUCUUCCCCUAUCAGUUCUCAGGAGCUUGGCUUCUUCAGUGAGUUGUCUGACAAAAGUGCCCACACCCACGACAAUGACCAAUACUGUGUUGAGGGACAUGAUCACAGUGAAGUCUUUAGUCCUGUACCGUCCCCUGCUGUACCUCUUUCCUUGGACGAGUCCAAACACACGCCAAUGGAGUUUUUUCGUAUUGACAGCAAAGACAGUGCAAGCGAGGUGACCUGUCUUGACUUAGGAGAGCAGCGGUCUUCUAAUAAACAGAGCCCCUUGUUUUCUACCUCCGACCUGAGCUCCAAUGUCACUGAGGAUCUUCCAGAGCUGGCUCAGGAAGUCAAGGGCCCCAGCUUAGAGUUUUGGGGGUUGGACUGUAGUGAUAAAGGCUCUAAUGAGUCAGUGCCAGUCAUCUCUUUCAAGGAUGCAGUUGUUGAGGAUGAGGGCCAUCCACCAGACCUAUUGGUCAAUCUUCCUGUGAUGAGUGGGACUGUAGACUCUUUACAGGAGGAAUUAGAAAAUUCAGGAGUGUGUCUUGGUCUCGAAGUCACAGCCUCUCCUCAGAAAUGUAUCCAGCCUGAUGUUUUGCAGCUUCAUAGCCAGCAUGAGGAAGGGGAAGAGCAGCCGCUGGAGCAGGAGCCUUCAUCUUUCUGUACAGCAUCUGCAACCUGUGGCACUAGCGUUGCAUCAAUAUCUCCUUUCAGUUCACUAUGGGACAACAGCGUGGCAUUUGGACAAGAGGCCUCUAACAAAGUAUUUGAUCACCCUGAAAGCCAAAACAAUGACCUCUCCCUUGACACAGGCAUUCUAGAUACAAAUUCCCAUAGUGAGAAACUAGAGCCCUCUACAAAAGUAAACACUGACUUGGUUCCAAGCCUCAGUGACAACAGCACAGACUACAUCCCAGCCAUGAACGGGACUCAGGCCUGUGCAGUAGUUGAGAGUUUAUUGGAUCUUGAUGGUGAAUCAUCAAGAGUUAUUAGUAAUACAGGUGGCAAUGAAUUUGAUGAAGAAGUGUCGCGGCUGUUCACAGAGCUGGACGAGCUGUCGCUGGCUGCGUCCCAAGCUCGAAUCCCAGAGGAGUUUGUACGAUGCUGGGCAGUAGAGAUGGUGACAGCCUUGGAUUCUCUGCACCAAGAGGGCAUCAUCUGCCGGGACCUGAAUCCCAAUAAUAUCCUGCUUGACCACCAAGGUCAUGUUCAGCUCACCUACUUUUGUAGCUGGUGUGAUGUGGAGGAGUCCUGUGACAAAGAGGCCAUUGCCAAUAUGUACUGUGCACCAGAGGUAGGAGGCAUUAGUGAGGAGACGGCUUCGUGUGAUUGGUGGAGUCUGGGCGCCGUCCUGUUUGAGCUCCUGACAGGAACGUCUCUGCUGCGCUGCCAUCCAGCAGGAAUCGGUCGCCACACAGCUCUCAACAUCCCCGAGUCUGUUUCAGAAGAGGCCAAAUCACUGCUAGAGCAGCUGCUCCAGUACAAUCCAGUGGAGAGACUGGGGGCCGGCGUGGGAGGGGUGGAUGAUAUCAAAUCCCACCCGUUCUUUGCCACCGUGGACUGGUCCAAAUAGAUGCAGCGAGUUGUGGAUCCGUGGAAACCAGCUGUCCCGAAUGGGUUCCCUUCCAACUAGACACACAAAUGCACAUACGUUAAAUCCAGAUUAUACAUUUCCACACAAAUCUCCCAUAUUAUGUAUUCACACAUGCUCGGAUUUUAUAUAAAGUUUGACAAGCAGCAGUAAUCCCUUCUUUGCAAAGUUUCUUUGUCUCAUUAACUUUGUAAAAUGUUCGGUGCAGGGAACGCUUCACACAUGUGUGGUGCAAUUACUUAUACAGCAAGUGUGUGCACUGAGUGGCGAUCCAACAACGCUGUUGCUUUUGCCCUCCUUAUUCAGUAGCUGUAAGCCAAAAUUUUAUGAAUGACUGACAGGUGAUAUCUCUGUGUCCUCAUGUUUUUGCUAUAUUGAUGAACUACUGUAGGGUAUCCAGUCAGACUGACACAGGCUUAUCUCACUUUAUCUUAACAUCCAUGUGUGCGGUACACACUUAAAUCAUUCCUUAUGGAGCCCUAUGAGAUUUGCUGACAUGGGGUUGUGUUGAUUUGAUCUAAAAACUGAUAUCUACAAUUUCUUGCAGUACAGAACAUAUUAGCUGCAAACCAGCCAGCAAACACUAACAUAGAUGGACACUAUGCAAAGCCAAUGAUAAAAAAAAAUGUUUAGAGAUGGGGGUGGGGGUUGUUGUUGAUUUGUAUUAUUAAAUUAUUUAAUAGAUUAUAGCUAGAAAACAGGUUGUAUAAAAAGACAUAUCUUAUGCCCUCUCUUUAUGCGGACAGUAAGUUUUUCAGUUAAGCGAGAAUAAAGAAGAAGGCCCCAGAUACACAUUUGUAAUCAGACCUUUUACAGUUUGAAGUUGCUUUUAUGAAUAUGAAAAGAAAUUCUCAGAAUUUUGUGCAUGUGAUAUAUUUAAUACAAUGAAAAUGAUAUUGAACAAUAAAUAACGUGUCAUGUAAAUAUACCUUUUUAAAAAUGUGCUGAGCAAAAUGCACACCCAGGUGUCAAAAUCAUAAUAAUGAUAAUAUCUUGCCAAUCAGUUGCUACCACAUUGGUCAAAUCCUUGUUUGAGUGUGUGUUUUGUGUUAGAGUAACACAUCCACCAACUUAAAGCUGAUUUAUGAUAUCUACAGUAACUGGUUUACAUUUUUAUUGUUACAGUACUUGCCAUAUAUCACUUCUUGUAUAAUCAUGUGAGACUUUUAAGAGUUGUGAAGGCAUAUUAACCAUGUCUGAUACAUUUGUCUAAUCAAUACAUGGAGAACCACUCCUCUGUAGAUACUACACAGUUCUCCUUACCAUGCGUGGUUACCAAAACGUAACGUAAAUUACCAGCUUCAUAUUCCACCUGUUUUUUUAAAUGAGCAAGCAGAUUUUGUUUUCUUUUUUUUCUAUAAUGCCCACUCUGUGUCGUGUCAGUGAACUCUGGAAAAACAAUAAACAUACCUGGAUGAGUACAUGA